AUUUAAAAACCCAAUUAUCGAUCAGUGGUAUUCUAGCUCCCGUUUUAGGGUUCUUAGGGUACAAAAAAACAAUUCUGAAAUAAAUCUCAAUCAAUAUCCCCUUGGCAUUUGUAGGGUUCCCUCUCUCUCUCUCUCUCUCUCUUUUCUCUUUCUUCUGUUCGGCUUUGAUCUAAAUCGAAACCUCUUUAUUUUUAUUUUUUCAUGUACUCAAUUAUUGGCACAUGUCUUCUUCAUCUUUCCCAUCCGCUUCGUUUUAAGUUUUGGGUUUUACUCUGAGAAAGAAAUAGUGUUUUUUGUUUCAAUUUGUUUUCAUAUUGGUUUCUUUUUUCUCUUCGCUUUUCAUGGUGGAUAUGGAUGGGUUUGGGGCUGGGGUUGAUGUUGAGGGGGCUCCCAACACAGAUGAUCCUAGACCACUAGGGAAUGUUUCCACAGAUGAAGCUGUUUUUGAUGCAUCGCAAUAUGCAUUUUUCGGUCAAGAUGCUGUCGUUCAUGAAGUUGAAUUGGGAGGGUUAGAAGAUGACGAUGAUUUGCCUGAGUCUAAUGAGGAGGAGUUCAUUCUCAAUAGAGAAGAGGCUGAGGAUGUAAAAUCUCUUUCUGAUAUUGAUGAUCUUAGCACUACAUUUUGGAAGUUGAACAAGGUUGUAAGUGGACCAAACAGCACAGGAUUUAUUGGUGAACGGGGAACAAGAGAAAACUCUUCAGCUGAUUGGGCACACAGGGAUGACGUUCUUAACUGGUAUGACCAGAAUAAUUAUGAUAGUGAAAGUUCUCUGGAUAGCAGAAAAGUGUCAUCACAGCCUCGUUCUUCUCUUUCCCAUUUGCAUGAAGCAAAGCCCUUGUACAGAACUUCUUCAUAUCCUGAGCAGCAAAGACAGCAACAACAUCACCACCUUCAACAUUGCUCUAGUGAAUCAGCUCCCAAUUGGUUUGAUCAGCAUUUUUAUGGUACUGAAACUACUCAGGAUGGCAAACGAUGGUCGUCACAGCCACAUUCCUCCAUUGCACACUUACAAGAGUCAAAGCCCUUGCAGAGAACUUUUUAUCCUGACAAGCAGCAGGAAUUUCCUCAUUUUUCAAGUGAACCAAUUUUGGUACCAAACUCUUCAUUUACUUCUUAUCCUCCCCCUGGUAGCAGAUCUCAGCAGGCUUCUCUAAGUCAUAAUGCAGGCCACCUAAACAUUCCUUAUCAUGCUCAGAUGGCAUCAUCACCUCAAAAUCGUUCCCAUUUCUCCAGUUCUGCACUACCAUUGAGUGGAUUAAACCACGGGCCACCUUUUAGUGGAAACAUGCGCCAAUUUCCUACUGGUCCCCCUCUUAAUAAGAUAAUACAGAAUCAAUUGGUAAACCAGGCAGGGUUAUAUCCUGGAGAUCAUCCAAAUAUUUCCUCAGGUAUUCCCAUGAUUAACAAAUAUGACCAGAUGCUUGGGCUGAUGGAACUGAGGGAUCAAAUGCCAAAAUCAGCUCAAAUAGGUAGACAAAAUAUCCGGUUUUCUCCACAGGGUCUUGAUAUGAUUGGGCAGAGAGGCAAUAGUGGAUGGCCCCGAUUUAGGUCUAAGCAUAUGACAACUGAGGAAAUUGAGAAUAUUCUUAGAAUGCAGCUUGCAGCAACACACAGUAAUGAUCCAUAUGUUGAUGAUUAUUACCACCAAGCCUGUCUUGCAAAAAAAACUUCUGGUGCUAAAUUGAGGCAUCACUUUUGUCCAACUCAAAUAAGGGAACUACCUCUACGACCCUCUUCUAAUGCUGAACCACAUGCUUUUCUUCAGGUCGAUGCUCUAGGGAGGGUUCCAUUCUCAUCAAUUCGCAGGCCCCGUCCUCUACUAGAAGUUGAUCCUCCUAAUUCCUCUCCUGCUGGUAGCCCUGAGCAGAACAUUUCUGAGAAGCCCCUUGAACAGGAACCAAUGCUUGCAGCUAGAGUCACCAUUGAAGAUGGUAUCUGCCUUCUUCUUGAUGUGGAUGAUAUUGAUCGUUUUCUACAGUUUAAUCAGCUUCAAGAUGGUGGGAUUCAGUUAAAACGAAAACGGCAAGGUCUUCUGGAAGGACUUGCUGCCUCACUUCAAUUAGUUGAUCCACUGGGAAAGAAUGGACGUACAGUUACACUUGCUGCACAAGAGGACUUUGUUUUUCUCAGGAUCAUUUCUCUACCCAAGGGUCGAAAGCUACUUGCUAAGUACCUUCAACUGCUUUUUCCAGGUGGUGAGCUAAUGCGAAUAGUCUGCAUGGCCAUCUCUCGUCAUUUAAGGUUCUUAUUUGGUGGCCUUCCCUCUGAUCCUGCUGCAGCUGAAUCUGUAAUUAACCUUGCAAAGGUGGUUUCAAAGUGCAUCCGCGGAAUGGAUCUCAGUGCAUUAAGUGCUUGUCUAGCAGCAGUUGUUUGUUCUUCUGAGCAGCCUCCCUUACGUCCCCUUGGAAGUUCUGCUGGAGAUGGGGCUUCCCUUAUUUUAGCAUCUCUGCUUGAGAGGGCAACUGAACUUCUAACUGAUCCUCAUGCUGCUAGCAACUACAAUAUUGCAAAUCGAUCGCUUUGGCAGGCUACAUUUGAUGAAUUCUUUGGUUUUCUGACGAAGUAUUGUGUGAACAAGUAUGAUGGUAUCAUGCAAUCAUUCCUCAUACAGGGGACUCCAAAUAUGUCUGUCAUUGGACCUGAUGCUGCAAAAGCUAUUAGUAAGGAAAUGCCAGUUGAGCUAUUACGGGCAAGUCUACCUCACACCGAUGAGCGCCAGAAAAAACUAUUACUUGAUUUUGCUCAGCGCUCUAUACCUGUAGUUGGAUUUAAUGGCAAUUCUGAGUUACUUAGAUAAUUGGACCUUCAUUGCAGGAACUGUUUUCAAAAUAGAAUGACAGUAAUUUUUAUAGGGACAACCUUGUGUGUCUAAAUACUUUGAAGCGGUCUGUUGUGGAAGUAUCAGGUGCAUCUACCUUAGGAGUUUUAGCCCCUUCAUAUCUUGUUAUAUUGCCAUAAUCAGGCCCAUUGUGUAUUAUCAUAGACUUGGCUUGAUUUGUUCCUCUUGUCUUGUCUUUUUUCUUUUGACAGGGGAGCUUCUUGUUACUCAGUUUGUGGUUUCUAGAGCACAGUUAGUAGGUAGUAGUAUGUCCGGGUUAGGUUUAAGUUGGAUUCCCAUGUUCCUUUAUAUUAUCAUACAGACAUGGGAUUGUGGUUGUGUUCAUACUUCAUAUCUACCUUUUUAUUGGUAUCACAUGUCCAAAUUGAAGUAGCAUUGUGGGGUGCACCAUUUUAACCAGUCAACAAGGUGGCAUUGGCAUGCCUAAGAAUAAAUGUUAACCUUGUGUCGUGGUUAUAGUUUCCUCUCCUUAAUAUUCUAUUGGUGUAGACGUGUAGUUUUUUCUUGUAUCAUAAUUCUGUUUCAGUAAAUUGGACUAUUAUUGGUCUCUUUGUUGUCCUCACCUUGGUUUGUCUUGAAUAUAAUGUUCUACUUAUGAAUGAUUUUGGCAAUUUGCUGUUGCACCUGGCUACUAUUAGUUAUAUGGAAUUUUUGAAUCAUUGAAGUUAACGCAUAUGGUUUACAGAUGUAAUGGAUGUUUCUUGACCCUGUGUUUGACUUCUGGACUGAAAUGGUUAAUGGAUUUGAUCCUGGUUUUCCUUCAAUCUUUUCUUUCAAUAUUAUAUCUUGUAUAUAUUUGUAUGAUUUCUUUGAUCAUGUCUACACUGAAAUGCAUAAAUGAUAUCUACAUACGUGUCAAAAAAAAUUAGAAAGGAAUAAAGGGUAAGAAUUAUUGAGCCUUGUGAUUUUAGUUAGUUUUUCCUUGCUUUAUUCCCCUCUUCGCUAUUAACAAUAAAUUCAUUCUGUGCAAGAAGAAAGAUUAGUGCGUGAUGGUAGUGAGUGCCAAUAAAAUUAUAAAAUAAUCGUACGGAAAUGCUACAUUUCUGCGUUAAUGUAACAAUUAUAGAAAUAACAUAAUGUUGGUUCCAAUUUUGCUUGAAACUGAGCCAUUAAGCAAAAUAGCUAAGAAAAUACAUCUAUUUUUCUAUAUAGAGCUUUGACAUAUAUAGUAGUAUCAAUCUCUAAUAUCUAAUAUAUAAUCUAAAGCAGAUUAAGUUAUAUCAAC